GCAGUGGAAGCUGAUAAAAGCGUUUCCUCUCAGGUGACGCUGAAGGUCCCGAUCAGCAGCGCGGGCAGAAUGGACUUACGCCAGUUCUUUUGUUCGAUUGUUCUGGCAAGUUUGAGACUUUCCCGAGGUCAAAGUUUAGAAUGCCGUAAUGGCCAGUGGCAGUGUGAUGAUGGAAGAUGUAUCCCUGCUGUGUGGAGAUGUGAUGGAGGUGGAGACUGUCUGGAUGGAUCUGAUGAAAUGGAUUGCGUUGCAAUUCAAGGCUCUCCUGAAUGCCCGCCGGGUCAGUUUCCUUGUGUUGACUCGGUCGGCUGUGUUGAUGCGUCAGCCCGCUGUGAUGGACAACACCAGUGUCCAACCGGCUCUGAUGAGGAGAACUGUCCAGCUACAGAGGGCUGUUUGGUUUCUGACUGGACCUGUCGAAACCGUAUCUGUAUCCCCAAAGAGCUGCGCUGCAAUGGACUGAAUGACUGCCUGGAUAAUUCUGAUGAAGAGGACUGUGGUUCAUGCGAUGAGAACGGCAUACGGUGUCCUGAGGGAAUAUGUCUGAGUGCUGAAGGGAGGUGUGAUGGGACGAGCCACUGCUCUGAUGGUAGCGAUGAGCCCAUAACCUGCGGUCGUCUUUGCUCCAUAAACAAUGGCGGCUGUAGCCAUGUGUGUGUUGAUGAAUCCUGGGGAGCUCUGUGUGUCUGUCCUGUUGGAUAUAAGCUCUCUCCCAAUGGUGCAGUCUGCGAAGAUUUGGAUGAAUGUGCCCAACCCUUUGUCCCUUGUAUGCAUCACUGCACUAACACUGUUGGAUCCUACUAUUGCCACUGCAGAGAAGGCUUCAAACUGAGUGGAGGCUCCACGUGUCUAGCUACAGGUAAUGCUACCAGAUUACUAACUGUGCAGAGGAGCUCUAUCGGCCUAUUGAAUGUGAAGUCUCAACAGUUUGAAGUUAUCUACACUCCAGUGUCUGACCCAGUGGCCUUGACUUUUGACGUUGCCCGAGGCUGGGUCUUCUGGGCUGACAUCCAUGGCAGCAUUUACAAAAGCAAUGGAGAGCAUGGCUGGACAAUCUAUAUAGGGGAACCUGGAAUCAAGAGUCUAGCCUGUGAUUGGCUGAAUGGAAACCUGUUCUGGACCAAUCAGAAGACGGAGUCGAUAUACAUGCAAGCAGCUGAUGAGACAAGUUACACUACUCUGCUGAGCAAAAACAUCAGUCCAUUAGAGUUGGUGCUUCUACCUGUAGAGAGCAUGAUGUUCUGGAGCAAUGCCGGCCAUGGCGACAGAGUGACGAUAGAGAAGUCAUGGAUGGAUGGAUCAGAAAGAAGCACUCUAAUUGUGCUCACUGCUCAGUCCCCCCACAGCCUCACUGCUGAUGUGGCUGCCAGGAGGCUGUACUGGAUUAGCGACUUCAAGAAGUCUAUAGAGACGGUGAAGGUAAACGGGACUGGCCGGCAUUCCUUCACAGGACUGUUCAACAGGGGACCGCCUCGCAGCCUUGCUGUGUUUGAAAGUUUGUUCUACUGGGUGGAUGACAAUGGACUGUGGCAGGUUCCACAGGACCAACCAAACUCGAAGCGAUUUCUCUUAGAAGCCACACUGCCAAUAUCAGCUGUUUACCAUGAGCUACAGCAGCCUCAAGGUUCUUCUGCAUGUCGAAGGACUCGAUGUCAACUCUGCCAGCUAACUAAAGGCAACCCUGUCGGCUUCACCUGUGCUUGUCCAAACUCCAAAGUGCUGUUGUUUGAUGGGACAUGUGAAUAUCCCAGGUUUAUAUAUGCUACUAUCACCAACCUCAACCUUCUGGAGUUCAGUGGCCAAAGGUCCACUAAAACCCAGCUGUUUACCACUGACGACGGCAUCCUGUCAUUUGAUCUGGACUGGUACAGAGACUGGCUAUACUGGGCUAACCAAACUGGCCAUAUCCAGCGCACCAGUCUUAACCAGGUCAAGACUGAUUUGGUACCAACACCUUUUCCAGUUUGUCUGAUAAAAGUAGACCAGAGGAGAGGGAACCUGUAUUGGGUCUCAUGCGACCAAAACAGCAUCGGCACCACCACAGCCAACAAUCAGUACUCCCAUCAGCUGUACCAAACAACAAAGAAGAUUCGAGACCUGCAUCUGGAUUGGCUGAGGGGUGACAUCCUCUGGCUGGAGGAAGACGUAUUUCUCACCAUGAGCAUGAUGGGAACCAAAACCAAAGAGCUAAUGCACUUAACAGGAGGAUUCAGGGGAAACAUCGCUUUCGACCUCCGGGCUAAUAGUCUGCUCUGGAACUCAGAAAGGACAGGUUUUACAACGAUGAGUUUGCGGCAGGAAAGAAGCCACCGAGCUGGCCGAAGAUGGAACAUUUCGGGCUCAGUCGUAGCUGCCUUUGAGCCCUUUUUGUUGUCCCUCUCUGAUGAUGUCAUGACUCUUUGGGACCGGCGUGAUGGGAGCCCCAUCCAGGACAUGACGGUGACAGGUCAUGUGUUCAGUGUAAUCGCUGCACUCGGGGACGUCCGCACAGUGCCCGGUACUCCAGUCUGCAGUGAACCCUCUGUGCUGUGCCGACGCACAUCAGUCUGCCUCUCACAUGCCCAGGUAUGUGAUGGUAAAAAGGACUGCCCUGAUGGAGAUGAUGAGGAUUUUUGUGUAACCACAUGUCCCUCUAAAGAGGAUUUCAAGUGCAAGGACCGUAGGAGUUGUAUCUCCAGGAAUCUCGUUUGUGACCGCCGUCCUCAUUGCAAGGAUGGCUCAGAUGAGGUCGACUGUUUGAGUAUAGCCUCACCUGCAGCUCCAACAAACGUUGUGAAGUGUCGCACGGGCUCAAAACCAUGUAAAGAUGGUUCAGUGUGUGUUUUAUACAGCCAUUUGUGUGAUGGGGAAACAGACUGUCGGGAUGGAUCGGAUGAACAGGGAUGUGAUGCCGAAAUGACCAUGACAACAUCAAAACCAAAUAUUUAUCCAUUAAACAACAUUGGUGCUACCAAACCUCCUGCUCCGACUGUGCCGGCCUGCACCAGCCCCUCUGUGCUCUGUCCCCGUUCUGCUGCUCACCUCUGCAUUACUCUGAGCCAGUUUUGCGACGGGCAUGUAGACUGUCCUGAUGGCUUUGAUGAAGAGAACUGCGUGAAUAAAUGUCCCUCUAAAAACGACUUCCGCUGCAAAGACCGUCGCAGCUGCGUCUCAAAGAGCUUGGUUUGUGAUGGUCGCUCUCACUGCCAUGAUGGCUCAGAUGAGUUUGACUGUACGAGCGUAGCUCUGCCAGUAGCUCCGGCAAACGUCCUGAAGUGUCACCUAGGCUCCAGACUGUGUCGAGAUAGCACGGAAUGUGUUCUCUUCAGUCACAUUUGUGAUGGAAAGAGAGACUGCCUGGAUGGAUCAGAUGAAAUAGGAUGUGAAUCUCUCACCAAACCAUCCUGCACCAGGCCUUCAUUUCAGUGUCCAGGUUCUUCUUUAUGCAUCAACCCAACACUGCUUUGUGAUGGAAAGGAAGACUGCCCCGAUGGAUCUGAUGAGAAUUGCAUAACAAGAUGCCCUUAUAAAACGGACUUCCGCUGCAAAGACCGUCGAAGCUGCGUCUCAAAGAGCCUGGUUUGUGAUGGUCGCGAUCAUUGCCGCGAUGGCUCAGAUGAGGUCGACUGUCUGAGUGUAGCUUCAUCUGCAGCUCAAACAAACGUCCUGAUGUGUCACAUGGGCUCAGAACCUUGUCUUGAUGGAAAAGAGUGUGUUUUAUUAAGCCACAUUUGUGACGGAGAGAGAGACUGUAUGGAUGGAUCUGAUGAACAGGGAUGCUCAGAAACCUGCAAAAAAGGGGAGUUUCAGUGCUCCCACGGGAAAAUGUGCAUCCCUGAGGCUGAGGUGUGUGAUGGCAAGUCACAGUGUCGGGACCAGUCUGAUGAACUGGACUGCUGGGAACAAACCAAGAGCUGCGAGCAUCGCUGCAUCGACGGCAAUCGCUGCAUCCCAAUGAAAUUCCUGUGCGAUGGAGAGAAAGACUGCCUGAAUGGCACGGAUGAGGUGGGCUGCGACACCAUUACUGCUGCAACAACGGAGUCUCCUCUUCGCAGUCCUGUAUCAACUUGCAUCACUCCUUCAGUUCUCUGUCCAGGUUCAUCGCUGUGUAUCUCUGAAAAUCAGCUGUGUGACGGACAAAGAGACUGCCCUGAUGGAUUUGAUGAAAAUAACUGUAUAGCCCAAUGCAAAAACCCAGACGACUUCUUAUGCAGCGACCGGAGGGUAUGCGUCUCCAAGAUGGAAGUGUGUGACGGUCGUGCCCACUGUCCCGAUGGCUCAGAUGAGAUGCAGUGUCAAUCGGCAGAUCCUACUGCUCCCCCCUCCAGCAAUGUGCCCGGUGCCAGAUCAGCCCCACUGAGGUGCCGCAAAGGUUUCAAGCAAUGUAAAGAUGGCCUGGAGUGUGUUAUGUACAGCCAUCUGUGUGAUGGAGAGAGGGACUGCCAGGAUGGAUCAGAUGAAGAGGGAUGCUCCGCUCAGUGCAACGCAGAUGAGUUCCAGUGUACUCACGGGAAUAGAUGCAUCCCACCGGAGAAGGUGUGCGACGGACAGUACGACUGUCAAGACCAAUCCGAUGAAAUGGACUGUUCAAAUCUAAUUGAGGGCUGCCAUCAGCGCUGUGAUAACAACACUCGCUGUAUACCAGAGACCUUCCUGUGUGAUGGCGAGAGAGACUGUGCUGAUGGGUCAGAUGAAGAAAAAUGUGGUUUGGUGGCCUGUGCGAUUAACCAGUAUCGCUGUCUUAGCGGUCAGUGUGUGUCUGAGGUCAUGAGAUGUGAUGGAUAUGCUGACUGCAGUGACCACUCUGAUGAGGUGCGUUGCACAAGACCCCCACGCUGCCCGACACAGCUCCAAUGCCCAAACAACCACGUUUGCCUGCAGAAAGAGUGGCUCUGUGACGGCGAAGACGACUGCAAAGACGGGUCGGACGAGAAAAACUGCAUGUCAUCAAUGGCAAAGUGCAGGGAAUACCAGUGGCAGUGUGGAGACAGCAGUCAAUGCAUCCCUCGGUCAUGGAGGUGUGACGGGAAGGAGGACUGCCACAACGGCAUGGACGAGGACAAAUGCAGCCAGAGAAAAUGCCCCUCUCACCUUUACCAGUGUGGCAGCGGAGAAUGUGUGGACCCUCGCCUGGUGUGUAACCGCUUCACCAACUGUGCCGAUAGUUCAGAUGAGGGCGCGGGAUGUGCUCGACGCAACUGCUCCAGCCCAUCGGCUCCUCGGUGUGACCACCACUGUGUCAGCACCCCAAACGAAGCCAGGUGUUACUGUGCUGAAGGUUUUAGACUACAGUCCAGUGGUGUGUCUUGUGUGGACAUUGACGAGUGCAAUGCAGUGCCACAUGACGUAUGCAAACACACCUGCCUGAACAGCCGUGGGUCCUACAUCUGUCAAUGCCUUCCUGGCUUCUACCUGGAGCCUGACAAAAAAAGCUGCAAGACCAAAGAUGAGCCUUUGCUUUUGGCGUCUGUGCAGUCAGAGCUUUUACUACUGGGAGUCCAUAGCGGCACCUUGCGUCUUCUGUCCUCUGCCAAUCGACCAGUCUUCUCGCUGGAUUAUCACUGGGCUAAACAGAGAGUUUACUGGCUGAGCCCCGACUACCAGAGCAUCCGCUGGGCUGACAUGAAAAACUCAGACAGAAAAGGGACACUCAUCAAAGGAGUGAAGUCGGAUUUCAUUGCGGUGGACUGGAUUGGUAAGAACCUGUACUGGGUGGAUGGACUGGUGGGCCAGAUUCUGACUGUGAAGCUCAGCGACAACACAGUGAGAUCUCAGGAUUACACUGUGGUCCUGGGUGAAGAUCUGGAGCAGCCAAGCUCAUUGGUUCUGCUGCCACACAUUGGGAUGAUGCUUUGGUCUGAGAUCGGCAGCACCCCUCAGAUCGAGCAGUCUGGGAUGGAUGGUUCAAAGAGGAAGGUGGUGGUAAGCAGAGGCCUGAGCUGGCCAGUCAGUCUGUCCUAUGACCUCCUGGAUGACAGGGUGUACUGGGCCGAUGAGAAGCUGCGCUGCAUUGGCUCGGCCUCUCUGGAUGGCGACAAUGUUAAGAUCCUCCAGUUAGCCGAAACCCCAAGCCCUUUCUCUGUGGCGGUCUUCAAUGACAAAGUCUUCUGGUCUGACACUAAAAGAAGAACGAUCCGCUCUGCUGACAAGAACACCGGCAAAGACCAAAAGGUUCUUCUUAAGAGACCAGGGCAGCCAUUUGGAUUGAAACUGAUGCAUACCUUUUCCCAGCCAGCCAUAUCCAGUCCCUGUGACCAGCUACACUGCUCCCACCUCUGCCUCUUGGCCCCUGUGAUGAGAAGCAAGUCUGGAGCACUGGGGUCUCUGAGAGCUCCAGCUGUGAGCGGGCCUACGGCAGUUUGCCGAUGCCCAAAGGGUCUGCUUCUUUCCAAGGACAAGAUUACCUGCUCUCUGCCUGUGGAUUCAACGUUCAUCUUGCUUUUGUCUCGUACCACAGUCUAUCAGAUUCACUUGUACUCCAUGCGUCAUGAAGGCGUCGCUCUAAAGAAAAUGCCAGGCAGUCGAGCUUUAGCCCUGCCCGGGGUAACGGAGGCCUCAGGACUGGACGUGUCCAUCCGGGGGCUUUCUUUGUAUGUGGCUGAUGCAGGACAAGGAUCUGUGGAUGUGCUGAAACUGAGCGGCUCCAGGUUGAGACAGGGACUUACACCCUCUGGACAAAUCCUAAAGCUUGGGGAUGACUUGGUCACGGCUCUGGCAGUUGACUGGGUGACUUCCAGCCUCUACUGGAGCAGCAUCACAAGGCCUGAUCUCCAUGUGAUGUCCCGCCAUGAUGGCUACACCACCUCACUGCUGCAGGGAUCACUGAAGGGCACUACAUCCAUUGCACUGCAUCCCCCCUCUGGACAACUUUGCUACACCGCAAUAGUUGUGGCAGGAGGGAAGAACCAGAUGGAGGUGAACUGCGCCUGGAUGGAUGGCCGUAACAAAGUAGUGCUGUGGAGGAAGUCGAGCGUCCCCACCUCGCUGGUCUUUUCCAAUCAAGGAACCAUGAUAUACUGGGCUGACACAGGUGAAGGUGUUAUCAGCUCUAUUUCAGUGGAUGGAACAGGAUAUAAACAGUACAACACAGGGCCAGGUCUGCUAAUCUCCUUAACACAUACUGAGAACAUCCUCCUCUGGGUCACCUUGGACAAUGAUGUAACCAAACUGUGGUUCAGUGACGGUCUCCAGCCUAACCAACUGUGGUUUGAGACAAAAACCAGCGUGGUGGAAGUCAAAGCCUACAGCAACGACAGUCAGUCUGGAACUAAUAGCUGCUCAAACAACAACGGUGGAUGUGUCCAUCUGUGCCUGCCCUAUCCGAGAGGUCGCACGUGUAAAUGUGGCAGGGGUUUCUACUCCGAUGCUGCCUCCUGUGCCCCGCUCUCCAACUGUCCCACUGGGGAAGAAUCCUGCUUUGACGGUAGCAAGUGUAUCAGCAGCAGCAAAUUCUGUGACGGACCCGUGGACUGUCCAGACCAGUCAGAUGAACAGGACUGUCCAAACCCAAACUCUGCAUCUUUCGGCAGCAAAUCUAGUAAUGGCCGCCCUCCCCAGUCUUCGUCAAACGCCGAAAAGAACUCUGUUCUUUCAGUUAAAGACCCUACAUCCUGUGAUCUCCAACACUGCAACGGUCAUGGCAACUGCAUCACCGAAGGCAAAGUCACUCGCUGCCAGUGCAUGGCUGGUUACAAGGGAGAGUCCUGUCAAGAUACAGAAACUGGAAAAAGCCACGUGGGUGUGGUCCUUGGUGUCCUCUGCCUCAUUGCUGCAUUGAUGUCUGCUGCUUUUAUUUUCGCUAAAAGGAGAUCCUGGGUGCCCAUCAGAAGCAGAUCAACUGAGAAAGAUACUCUGAUGGCCAACAUGGGCCUGCCCUUUGAACACUACGUCCUCGAUUCGGACUCAGAGGAGCUCGAGUCCCCAGUAGAUGUGAAGAAUCCACCGCUAGCAUUAAAGGCUGGCUUCAUGACCACUCUGAAGGCUGCAGACACCACGAGUAAUGUGGGCGGAUGAAUUUCUGUGGUGCUGAAUCUAAUGGCGAUGGUCUUUUGGUGCAAUAAAAAUGAGAUGGAAAUGAACCAAAAA